ACCAGUCCUGGUUGUCAUAUCGUCCUAAAAUAUUACGAAAAGAUAUUUCAUUUAUUCAUUUCUUUUUUUGAAAUUCGAGGUUGCCGAAGUAAAUUCUGAAUAAAAGUUUCGUAAGUUCGAACUUUGAAGAAUUUUUGUAGAUGCUCUUAAGUUUGUAGAUUUGUGUGCUUUAUGUGCGUGAAAAAGUGUAACUUUUGUGUAGUUGUUUAAAAUAUGAAAGUUACUUUUUGUUUUACCGAUACGAAGAGGUAUCUCAGUUAUAAAAUAGAGCUGAGUACAAAAAUUCGUUAAGAAGGUCAAACGACACACUGCACCGAUGAGGCUUGUGAAUCAUGAGUACUUGGUGUUGCAUCGCGAUCAUGAUGUCCACUAUCAGUACCGGCGUCCUUUCACCAGCACCUCAGAAGACCGAAGUUCAUGAGGCCUACGACCGCCAAUAUUGGUACACCCAAGCACAGGAAACAUUACAGAAACGCCUUCAAUACUCGACAGACAAAAAACCAGUAGCCAAAAACGUGAUCCUUGUGGUUGGCGACGGUAUGAGUCUUACAACAGCUACUGCCGCGAGGAUACUUCGGGGGCAACGGAGGGGGCAAUCUGGCGAAGAUACUGAUUUAGUGUGGGAUACUUUCCCCUCGGUAGCUUUAGCUAAAACAUACAACAUAGACGCACAGACGGGCGAGUCGUCGGCUUGUGCGACAGCGCUGCUGUGCGGUGUUAAGGCGCGAUAUGAAACACUUGGAUUAGAUGCUGGCGGUCGUUUCAACAACUGCGCUUCAACUAUACAUUCAAAAGUGCCUUCUCUCGUUGACUGGGCCCAUGAGGCUGGAAAAUCAAGUGGGAUAGUGACGACAGCGAGAGUAACACAUGCGACACCGGCGGCGUUAUAUGCUCAUGCCCCCUCACGUUACUGGGAGGAUGACAGUCGAGUCCCUCCGACAGUUAGGAAGGACUGCAAGGAUAUUGCUCUGCAAUUGGUCGAAAAUGAACCAGGACGUAAUAUAAAUGUAAUUAUGGGUGGUGGUAGAAGACACUUUCUACCAACAAUCACGACGGAUCCUGAACAUCCGAACCGUGAAGGUCGAAGACUGGAUGGUAGAAAUCUCGCCGAAGACUGGGCUAGAGAAAAGAAAAGACGACGGUUGAGAGCUCAGUACAUACAUUCAAAGGAGCAAUUGGCAAAACUGGAUCCACGCACUGUGGAUUAUCUUUUAGGUCUCUUUGAAUAUUCUCAUAUGGAAUUCAACGCAGAGCGCGGGGCGCUUGUUGACGCAGAAGAGGGAAGCGGAACGAGCACAACUGUGAAAGCCGACGACCCUUCUCUAGCCGACAUGACUCGAGCCGCCCUUUCAAUAUUACUGAAAAAUGACAAAGGAUUUUUCUUGCUUAUUGAAGGCGGACGUAUAGACCACGCUCAUCACUACAAUAAUCCGUACAGAGCUCUCGAUGAAACGUUAGAGUUAGAAACCGCAUUAUUGGCUGCACUAGAGAGGGUAAAUCCGGCGGAAACUUUGAUCGUAGUAACCGCCGAUCACGGUCACGUAAUGACCUUUGGCGGUCAAGCAACGCCAAGAGGACAUCCUGUCUUGGGUGCUGACACAGUGGUAUCGGACAUAGAUGGACUACGCUACACGACUUUGUUGUACGGAACUGGACCUGGUCAUUCUGAGCCUAGAGCGUUGCCGUUCAAUUCAAGUAGCUCAACAAAUCAAGCUGAUGCGGUCCACGCUGCAGCUGUUCCAAGACAAUGGGCUACGCAUGGUGGCGAGGACGUACCAAUAUACGCAUUAGGUCCGAUGGCUACAAUUUUAUUUGCUGGAGUUGUAGAACAAAGCUACAUACCUCAUGCCAUAGCAUAUGCAGCUUGUUUGGCGCAUCACGCAAAGCGCUGUCAAGAAAUAAUCAACUUUACGCAACCUUUAAUUAAAGAAAAAGUAGCAAAAUGCGUUCCGCCCGAAGUAAGUAGUGUUUCUGCGGCGGAAGACGUGAGAAUCGACAAUCCGAGUGGCCGUCGCAUCGUGGUCGCGUCGAGCGUCAUGUCCGACGAACGUGUACCGCGUUCUGCCGCUCCGCUUAUCGCUACGCUUCUCACGGAACGCUACCUUAUCUUAAGCAUACUUAAAUUGGUCGGAUUCUUACGGAUCGCUCGUUUUAUCUUAGGCCUAUAAUAUCAAUAUCUAUAAAUAAAUACGAUAUAAUAAAACAUCAGUGAAACAAACGACACGAUUACGAUUUGGUAUCCGUUAUUGUUUGUUUAAACGUUCAAUACGUGUGCCGCUCGAUGUAUUAUGAUGUAAUGUGUACAAAUUAUGUGUUGUAUAUAGACAGAGAGGAAAUUGUAAAU